GGGGCAGUACUUCCUGUCUCAGGAUGGCGGUUGAUUUGACUCCCAGAUUUAGAAGAUUGAACAGUGAAACCAGGAGUUUUCGCUUAAAUGGUCAAUCGCUGGGUUCUUCGGGCCCUUUUCGGGCUACGCAGUUGUGGCGUAAUAUCAUCCAGGCUCUCCAGACUCAAGUGGAGGUUCGUCGCCGACGGCAGCACCUGCGCGUGCAUAGUGAAUGUUUCACGGGCGCAGACGCAGUGGAUGUGGUUCUGAGUCAUCUCAUGCAGAACAUUCUAUUUUGCUCCAGCGAGGUGUCACGCUUGAAAGCGACUCGUCUGUGUCAAGCCUUGAUGGACUCCAGGGUGUUUGAACCAGUGGGAACAAAGCUCUUCCGCCGGGAGAAGGAAAGCGCGUUUGAGGACAGUAGCCACAGUUUGUACAGAUUUGUGGACUGCAACGCAUUGCCUGGAUCUGGAAAACGUGGAGCUGACUCCGAGAACUGGAGCCCAAGUGAACAUGGGGGCAAAAAGAAGAGAGGGUCCAGGUUGGAGGAGUUGAGGACCAUAUCAAACCCCCUAGCCAUGGGAUCCUCUGACCGCAGGGUGGAGAGACUACUGGAGACCAUCAACCUCCACCCAACCAUGCCCUCCUCCCAGAAGCAAGCUCCAUCCACAAACUUCCUCUCCAAGAAAUUGGUGGAGGAGGUGUGGAGGCAGCAGACUCUGCUUCAGCUGCUCCAGAUCAUUGACCUGCCCGUCCUCGACUGCAUCCUCGCCUCGCCCGUCAGAACCGAGCCGCCUCACUCCACCGCGCUGCGUAACCAUAACGACCUGGUCAUUUCCAACACCUGCGUGGAGAGGGAGGUGACGCAGAGCCUCAACCUGCCUGAAACGGACUGCUGGCUGGCUGCCGCCGCAGACUGCCUGGAGCUGUUCCCAGAUCAGCUGAUCGUGGUGGUGGGAGAGCAGCUGGCUCAACAGGAGACCAGAACGUCUGAUGUGGAGGAGAGGCUGGCCAAUCAGAAGAGACUGCUGUUCGACACCAUCUCAAAGUACUACAGCUGUCAGGAGAGGCAACCCCUGCUCUCAGGCCGCUACCUCGACAUCCACAUUGGAAUUCUACAGCUACUGGACUGUGGGCGGAAGGAGGAGGCUCUGCGGGCCAGUCAGCUGUGCAUGCGCAUGCUGUCCUCCAGCUGCAGGGAUGAGCUGCGCAGGCUCCUGGCCUUCUUAUGCGCAGCAGCGGACCCCGCAGCCUGCCGUCUGCAGAAACAGGCAGAGAAUGGUCCGUUGGUGUGUAAGACGUUCCUGAGGGCUGUCCUCCAGAGCAAAGACAUGACGCGCGCUCAGAGUGAACAGCUGCUGCUCUUCCUCAUGGACAACUACACACAGCUCUUUAAGACACCCAUAUCCCUGGUUGAGUCUGUGAGAAAAGCACUGCAGAGCCUGCAGCAAGGAAGUGAUCCAGUCAACGCUCCCAUGUUCAGGUUCUGCCAGCAGGUGUCACUGCAGGAGUACGAGAGCCAGCGGGCGCAGGCCACCAUGGAGGGCCUGAAGCAGCUCAUUCUGCACAUCUCCAACAGCACUACGCUCUCCGUGAAGGAGAAGAAGCGCCUGGUCAAGGACUUCCAGAAGCACCACCCCGGGGCCUUUCUCCAGCACUUCUCCUCCACCUUCUAGUCAGUGGGUAAAUGGUGCCUUUAUUGAAGUCCCUUCAUCGGGUGACUGGAAUGGAAUUAUGCAUUUGUUUGGUAACUCUAUUUUAUUUUGAGCCAGUUAACGGUACUU